AUGUUCCGAACGGUGCCCAAAACCACACUAUUGGCGCCAAUUCAGCGCCGAACGCUCUUAAACGGCAACUACCCCAAGGCAUACCCCGAACACGUGCCUCUCACGUGUCUGGGACGAGCCGUGCUUGCUGUAGGCAGUGGGUUCGGCACCUUUUUCGACUCUCGACGAGGCGAUCUGGUUGCCACUCUUGGAGAAGCAACCGCCCAGCCUUACUUCAUCUACAAGCUGCGAGAGCAGAUGCUCAAAGACCCGACCGGUCGACGUCUGCUGCGCGAACAGCCCCGAAUGACCAGCAAGAGUCUGGAUCUCGACAAACUGCGAAACAUGAAGGUCGGAAGCAUUGGACGAACAUACGUGGAGUGGCUGGACAAGGAGGGGGUCUCACCUGAUACCCGAGCUCAGGUGCGAUACAUUGACGAUCCCGAGUGCGCUUAUGUCAUGCAGCGAUACCGUGAGUCCCAUGACUUCUACCAUGCCCUGACGGGUUUGCCUAUCAUCAUGGAGGGUGAGCUGGCUCUCAAGGCGUUCGAAUGGGCCAAUACAGGUCUGCCCAUGAGUGGUCUGGGCAUGGUCCUCACUCCUCUUAAGUUCAAGCCCAAGCAGCGCAAGCGGUACUUUGACGUCUACCUUCCCUGGGCUCUCUACAAUGGCUUCCGAUCCAAACCUGUCAUUAAUGUGUAUUGGGAAGAGGUUCUGGAGAAGGACGCCGAGGAGCUGAGACGAGAUCUUGGAAUCGAACAGCCUCCGGAUCUCCGACAGAUGAAGAAGGAUAUGGCCAAGAAGAAGUGA